GAAGGAAAAUAGCAGCGGCGCCGGAUCCCCUUCCCACUCCGCCCCCUCGCCUCCAGAUCACACCACCGUUGCCUCCGCCUCCAAAUCCAUUCCUAGGCUGGUGCUCUUGCUGCGAGCGAGCUCGGGUUGGGUUCAGGGCUCUAGGGUUUCGCCUCUCCGCUCCCUGUUCUCAACGCCUGGAGCCUGGCCCGUCGGGUUAGGGUUGGCUCGCGGCUGCGUGGUCCGUGGGGUGGGGGUGCGGCCGAUGCGGCGAUCGCCGGCGAUCGGGAGGCUGUAGCAGCGGCGGGGGAGGGGGAUCUCCCGGGAGGUUUCUCCGGCGAUGGCCGCGGACGCGCUCUCCAUCAUCCCGGGCGCCGUGCUGCGGAACCUCUCCGACAAGCUCUACGAGAAGCGGAAGAACGCCGCGCUUGAGAUUGAGGGGAUCGUGAAGCAGCUCGCAACGGCUGGGGAGCAUGAGAAGAUUUCAGCGGUCAUCUCGCUGCUCAUCAACGAUUUCACCUACUCGCCACAAGCGAACCAUCGGAAGCAGGGUGGGUUGAUUGGCCUCGCAGCAGUUACCGUCGGACUCACCAGUGAGGCAGCUCAGCAUCUCGAGCAAAUUGUGCCUCCUGUGCUUAGUUCUUUCUUGGACCAAGAUAGCAGAGUGCGCUACUAUGCUUGUGAAGCACUAUACAACAUAGCAAAGGUUGUAAGAGGGGAUUUCAUCAUCUACUUCAACAAGAUUUUUGAUGCGUUAUGCAAGCUUUCUGCAGAUUCCGAUGCUAAUGUGCAGAGUGCAGCUCAUCUUCUUGACAGGCUUGUCAAGGAUAUUGUAACUGAGAGUGAUCAGUUCAGCAUUGAAGAAUUCAUACCGCUCUUGAGAGAGCGCAUGAAUGUGUUGAACCCUUAUGUGAGACAAUUUUUGGUGGGUUGGAUAACAGUGUUGGACAGUGUUCCUGAUAUUGACAUGCUUGGUUUCCUUCCUGAUUUUCUCGAUGGUAAUCCCUCCCUUUCUCCAAGUGCAUUACUUCUAUUGACUGUUCAGCAACAUUUCUAUCGCUACCCGCCUACCCCUGCAGGUUUAUUCAAUAUGCUGAGUGAUUCCAGUCAUGAGAUAAGGCAGCAAGCCGAUGCAGCACUUUCAGAGUUUCUGCAGGAGAUAAAGAACUCACCAAAUGUAGAUUAUGGUCGUAUGGCUGAAAUACUUGUUCGGAGGGCAGGCUCUACUGAUGAAUUCACUCGGUUGACGUCUAUCACCUGGAUCAAUGAGUUUGUGAAGCUUGGUGGGGAACAACUCGUUCCUUACUACGCCGAUAUAUUGGGCGCCAUCUUACCAUGCAUAUCUGAUGAGGAGGAGAAAAUCCGAGUGGUUGCACGUGAAACAAAUGAGGAACUUCGUGCUAUCAAUGCUGAUCCAGCUGAGGGAUUUGAUAUCGGAGCAAUCCUUUCAAUUGGAAAAAGAGAAUUGAAUAGUGAACAUGAGGCCACUCGAAUUGAAGCAUUACAUUGGUUCUCCACUCUACUGGCUCGAUACCGUGUUGAGUUCUUGGCGUACCUGAACGAUAUUUUCGAUCCACUUCUAAAUGCACUUUCUGAUCCUUCAGAUGCGGUCGUCCUAUUAGUAUUGGAAGUUCAUGCAUGUAUAGCUGAAGAGUCUCACCACUUCCAUCAUCUUGUAUCUUACCUAAUCCGCACCUUCCACAACAAUCAUGUUCUGCUCGAGAAGCGUGGUGCUUUGAUAGUCCGUCGACUCUGUGUUCUUCUUGGUGCUGAAAAAGUAUAUCGGGAGUUCUCCACUAUUCUUGAGAGUGAAAUUGACCUUGAUUUUGCAUCCGUCAUGGUUCAGGCUUUGAAUUUGAUUUUGCUCACAUCAACUGAACUUGGUGGGCUCCGCUCUCUUCUUAAGAAGUCAUUAGUGGAUUCCUGUGGCAAGGACUUGUUUCAGUCUUUAUAUGCUUCAUGGCGCCACUCUCCGAUGGCUACAAUUAGCUUGUGUUUGCUUGCUCAGGCAUACAGUCACGCAAGCUGUGUUAUUCAGUCUCUGGGAGAAGAAGACAUAAAUGUUAAAUUUUUGGUUCAAUUAGAUAAAUUGAUCCGUCUCUUGGAGACUCCAGUAUUUGCUUACUUGCGUUUACAGCUUCUUGAGCCUGGAAAACACACCUGGCUUCUGAAAACUCUUUAUGGUCUCCUAAUGCUGUUGCCUCAGCAAAGUGCAGCCUUCAAGAUCUUGAGGACUCGACUGAAAACUGUGCCGUUCAGUGAAAAUAUUAAGCGCACAUCUUCAGCAAAUCCAUACUCUCAGAUUCUGCAAGUGACAGAAGACGGCAAUCGAAACCAAGACACACAGAACUAUAGUGCAAUCAAUUUCCCAUCCCUUCUUCUGCAAUUCGAGAACAUGCAGCAGCAGCACCGAAACCAUUUGAAGGGUCAACUGCAAUCCCGCAAAUCUGCUUCAGCUGCAACAUUAUCGCAGGAGAUACAAAGAUAUGAAGAAGCACACUCCUCUUCGCUAUCAGAGAUUAGCAGGCUCCCAUCAGGAGCACCCAAAGGCAUUUCAUGAUGCAUUUGGUUGCUCGGGAUGUGUGAUAUAUUUGCCGGACGCAUCAUCACAAAUCUGUUGGGGCUUUCGUUAGUCUCCUUGAUUUUUUCAAAGGAGGUUGCAUAGGGUAAAUAGAGUGUAAUCUUUUUUGUUUCAUUCCUAGAUUUUGUCGAGGAAUGGCAAUUAUUUGUUGGAGAAAGCUCGUUUCCGCGCUCUAGUCAUUCUUAUUUUUUUUCCCUAGCUGUUUCACUGCUCAUCUGGUUUCUGUAAUUUUUCAAUUGAAGGCCAAAUGAGCAAAGUAGUAUUUGGAGAUAUGUUACUAAUGUUCUGCUUAUCGAUCUCCAAUAAAUCAGCAAUGCAAUGUAAAUUCCAGUUCCUGGCUCUUAAUAUAUGCCUAUAUGAUAUUCCUGGCCUUC